UUCUAGUCGGCACCACCUCGUAAGUUCUCUAUUUGUUUAGGAUUGUUGCCUUUUCUCUCAUCUUCCUUUCUCUCGAUAUGUAUUAGGAUUGUAACCUAGCUAAAUCUCUCUUGCGGUUUAUAUAUAUCUCACUAGGUAUAUUGAGCAAUUAGGGUUUGGAUCUAUAGGUGAUUAUUAUUUCAUAAGAAUGUCUCAGCUCAAUAUUGUUAUGAAGAAGAAUUCGAUGAGGAAGAAUAAGAAAUUGGUUAUUAAUAUUGCUUCUAUAAAGAAAGAAGGUCUUGCUUCAAGAUUUGAAGCUGAUCAUAAGGAUCUUGGUUCUUCGAUAAAGAAUGAGAAAAGGAGGUUUGAAUCAUCUGAGAGACAAAGAGAUAUUGUGUUUGAUCGAAGGGUUUGUUCCAAAGCCGAUGAAGAGAUUGAUCAUCAUGGUUCCCGUGAUCGUUCUAGUGUUAGAGACGGAGUGAUGAUGCGUGAGGUUGAUGUCGGCACAGGAUUAUCUGGCGCGUUAAAGCUUCUGAGAGAGCAAGGAACUUUCAAAGAGAAAAGCAGCAGCAAGCUUGUAGGUGUGGGAGACAAUCAUGGUAAAGUUGACAGAUUCAAAGAUGUGUUUAAUGAUAUUAGGAUUGACAGGGUGGAUGAAUAUGGCAGGAUAUUGACUGAGAAAGAAGCGUUUAAGAAACUUUGUCAUGGAUUCCAUGGGAAGAAACUUGGGAAGAGGAAGCAAGAGAAACGAAUUAGGAUACAUGAAGAUAGCUCAAAAAAUAUAUUGGAGUCUUCAGAUAGAGUUGUGGAGAGAAUGAGACUAGUCCACGCCGAGUUGAAGAGUCCGUACAUUAUUCUCUGAUCUUAAAAGUCUCUU